CAGAGCAACACUCAGAGGUUCAACGUCACAAUACUGAAAUGAAACUGAAUGUUUGUCAGAGCGACAGCAGAGCUGUAAGUAAGAAGAGUGUUUUUGUUUCCGUUUAAAGAAAAAAUUAACUUCAAGACUUUCUCAGCAACACAACAGAGUCUCUGAAAUACGUGUGUAGAUAUGGCUGCUGUGAACUAUCUGCGAUCUGAAGAUCAGUUUCUGUGCUCCAUCUGUCUGGAUGUGUUCACUGAUCCUGUCACCAUACUAUGUGGACACAACUUCUGCAAAAACUGCAUCACUCAACACUGGGAUACUACUGACCAAUGCCAGUGUCCCGCAUGUGCAAAGCUUUUCCACAUAAGACCUGAGCUGCGGGUCAAUACUUUUAUCUCUGAGAUGGCUGCUCAGUUCAGACAGUCAGCUCAACAGGAAGCCAGCAUCAGUCGCUCAGAGACACAAGUGUCCAAACCAGGAGAAGUUCCCUGUGACGUCUGCACUGGAACCAAACUGAAGGCCUUGAAGUCCUGCCUGGUGUGUCUGGUCUCCUACUGUGAGACUCACCUGGAGCCUCAUCUGAUAGCUUCAGGCCUGAAAAGACAUCAGCUGAUCGACCCUGUGGAGAACCUGGAAGACAGGAUGUGUACGAAGCACGAUAAACCUCUGGAGCUGUUCUGUAAGACCGACCAGACAUGUGUCUGCGUGCUCUGCCCUGUUUUAGACCACAAGACACAUGAGUUUGUUCCUCUGAAGGAAGAAUAUAAAGAGAAGAAGGCCGAGCUGGGGAAGACAGAGGCUGAAAUUCAGCAGAUGAUCCAGGAGAGACGACUGAAGAUUCAGGAGAUCAAACGCUCGGUUGACCUCGGUAAGGAAGAUGCAGACAGAGAGAUCGCAGAAGGUGUUCAGGUCUUCACUUCUCUGAAGGAGUCUGUUGAGAGAGGCCAGGCCAAUCUCAUCCACACGAUCAAAGAGAAGCAGAAAACAACAGAAAAACAGGCUGAAGCUUUCAUCAAAGAGCUGGAAGAGGAAAUCUCUGAGCUGAUGAAGAUAAGGACUGAGGUGGAGCAGCUCUCACACUCUGAAGACCACCUCCAUCUUCUCCAGAGUUUCCAGUCCCUAAACACCCACCACCCGCCACCCACCAAGGACUGGACAGAGGUCAGCAUCCAUCCACCAUCAUAUGAGGGGUCUGUGGUGAGAGCUGUGGCUCAGCUGGAGGAGACACUCAGUAAACAGAUGAAGAAGCUGCUUAAAGCAGAGCUGAAGAGGGUCCAGCAGUAUGCAGUGGAUGUGACUCUUGAUCCUGAUGCAGCAAAUCCUGAACUCAUCCUGUCUGAUGAUGGGAAACAAGUGAAUCAUGGUGAUGUAAAGAAGAAUCUCCCAGACAACCCAGAAAGAUUUUCUACGAGUCUCUGUGUUUUAGGAAAGCAGAGUUUCUCUUCAGGCAGAUUUUACUUUGAGGUUCAGGUUCAAGGAAAGACUGAAUGGGAUUUUGGAGUGUGCAGAGAGUCGAUCAACAGGAAGGGACUAAUCACACUGAGCCCUGAGGAUGGUUACUGGGCGAUAUGGUUGAGGAAUGGAAAUGAGUAUGAAGCUCUUGAUGACCCUGAUGUCCGUCUCUCUCUGAAGUCUCAGCCUCAGAAGGUGGGGGUGUUUGUGGAUUAUGAGGAGGGUCUGGUCUCCUUUUAUGACGUAGAAGCUGCAGCUCUUAUCUACUGCUUUACUGGCUGCUCCUUCACUGAGAAACUCUUCCCAUACUUCAACCCAGGUCUGAAUGAUGGUGGCAAAAAUUCUCCCCCACUGGUCCUCUCUCCUGAGUAGACAGAUCAUUCAGAUUCAUCCAGAAUUUGAUUCAGUCACAUUUAUCAUAAUAUCCUAGUUUACAUCAUCUUCUUAUUCUAGUUCCACUCAUGACAAAUGAUCGAUAAUAAUCAAUAACUCUGUAAGAUACAACAAUAUGGGACUUGGGGAAAUUUGUUUGUUUUUGAGUGCUAAGAAAAUAAUCAUCGUUUUAUCUUUUUUUAAAUGAUGGUUGCUCAAAUUUUACUACCCAGAACAGCAGUAUAUUAGCUUCAUGAAGAGAAAACUAACUCCAAGGUUCAUCUUUGUAUUACUGAAACAGCUUUUAUAUGAAUUUAUAUAAUGGUAAAUGUACAUAAAUGACCACGUACUGUAUGUUUGCACUAUUUGAUUUAUUUAUUGUUAAAUUCAGCUGCACUUGCUAUGUGUUGUCUUGAAAAAAGCAUUUAAUAUAUACAGUGGUGUGCAAAAGUGUUUGCCCCCUUCCUGAUUUCUUAUUUUUUUGCAUGUUUGUCACACUUAAAUGUUUCAGAUCAUCAAACAAAUUUAAACAUUAGUCGAAGAUAACACAAGUAAACACAAAAUGCAGUUUUUAAAUGAAGGUUGUUAUUAUUAAGGGAAAACAAAAUCCAAACCUACAUGGCCCUGUGUGAAAAAGUGAUUGCCCCCUAAACCUAAUAACUGGUUGGGCCACCCUUAGCAGCAACAACUGCAAUCAAGCGUUUGCGAUAACUUGCAAUGAGUCUUUUACAGCGCUGUGGAGGAAUUUUGGCCCACUCAUCUUUGCAGAAUUGUUUUAAUUCAGCCACAUUAGAGGGUUUUCGAGCAUGAACUGCCUUUUUAAGGUCAUGCCACAGCAUCUCAAUAGGAUUCAGGUCAGGACUUUGACUAGGCCACUCCAAAGUCUUCAUUUUGUUCUUCGUCUUCGUCUGUCAGCCUCACUAGAAUGCUGUAUCAAAUUCACAUCUGAAUCCAUGUAAGGUUCGGCCACAGACAACAUUCGCAAACAGUUUGCUCAACCGUAAUUCUUGACUCUGCUUAAAUAUUUAACAAACAAAUAAACUCUUUGAUUAGUAGCAACUUCUUUCACAUUAGGUUGAUAAUAAAUGUAACCUCUCCUCUCUGA